AUGGUGAACACCAGGAAGAGCUCUUUGCGCCCCCUGGGCAAAGCGGCGGCCGCUGCGGCCGGAGCCGGCAGCCAUUUCAUUUCGUCCCGGACCCGCUCUUCCAAAAGGGGCACCAAGGCAGAUGCGGCCGGGCUGGAGGAGACAGCGGCAGCGCGGAUCCGCUGGGGUGGUGGUAUAAAAAAGAUAACAAAUAAAGAUGAAGGUAGUGAUGCUAGUUUGAGUGAUAGCCACGUAUCUCCUCCUGCCAAACGUACCUCAAAACAUGCUGAUCCUGUGUGCAAAGACAAAUCGAAAUCACGCAGUACUGGACAGCGAGAGGAAUGGAGCAUCUCAGCUGGACAGUCCAGGUUAACUUCUCAGCCUGGUGCUACACUACCAAAUGGACGUAGCUUAUCUCUCAAAAGCCAUCCCCUUCGAGGGGAAAAAAAGGCAGAUGGGGACCAUGCUUGCAUAAACGGAGAUAUAGAAGUCAGAAAAAGUUGUCGGUCCAGGAAAAACAGAUUUGAAACUUUGAAUCAGAGUUUAUUGUUUGAUCAGCUAGUAAACAGUACUGCUGAAGCUGUGCUGCAGGAAAUGGAUAAUAUUAACAUCAGGAGAAAUAGGAGGUCUGGGGAAGUAGAACGGCUACGGAUGUGGACAGAUACAGAAUUUGAAAACAUGGAUAUGUAUUCUCGAGUGAAAAGAAGGAGGAAAUCACUGAGGAGGAAUAGCUAUGGGAUUCAGAACCACCAUGAAGUGUCCACAGAAGGGGAAGAGGAAGAGUCUCAAGAAGAAGAUGGAGAUAUAGAAGUAGAAGAAGCUGAGGGAGAAGAAAAUGAUCGACCAUAUAAUCUCCGACAGAGAAAAACUGUUCAAAGAUACCAGGCCCCUCCUAUAGUGCCAGCUCAUCAAAAGAAGAGGGAAAAUACACUGUUUGAUAUUCACAGAUCUCCUGCAAGAAGAAGCCAUAUCAGGAGAAAGAAGCAUGCCAUUCACAGCAGUGAUACAACCUCUUCAGAUGAAGAACGUUUUGAGAGAAGAAAAUCAAAAAGCAUGGCCAGAGCAAGAAAUCGGUGUCUGCCUUUAAACUUCAGAGCAGAAGACUUAGCUAGUGGAAUCCUGCGAGAACGUGUGAAAGUUGGGGCAAGUUUGGCUGAUGUUGACCCUAUGAUUGUUGAUAAAUCGGUGCGUUUUGAUAGUAUAGGUGGAUUGAGCCAUCAUAUCCUUGCACUUAAGGAAAUGGUAGUGUUUCCUCUUCUCUAUCCAGAAAUAUUUGAAAAAUUCAAAAUUCAGCCACCAAGGGGCUGUUUAUUCUAUGGUCCUCCUGGAACAGGUAAAACCUUGGUAGCUAGAGCUCUAGCUAAUGAAUGCAGUCAAGGAGACAAAAAGGUGGCUUUCUUUAUGAGGAAAGGAGCAGACUGUCUCAGUAAGUGGGUUGGUGAAUCUGAACGUCAGCUUCGACUGCUUUUUGAUCAGGCAUACUUGAUGAGACCUUCCAUAAUCUUUUUUGAUGAGAUAGAUGGCUUAGCUCCAGUUCGUUCUAGUAGACAAGAUCAGAUUCACAGCUCUAUAGUGUCUACUCUUCUUGCCCUUAUGGAUGGACUGGAUAAUAGAGGUGAAAUUGUUGUAAUUGGUGCUACAAACAGACUGGAUUCUAUAGAUCCUGCACUCAGGAGACCUGGUCGCUUUGACAGGGAAUUUCUUUUCAACUUGCCUGAUCAAAAGGCACGAAAGCACAUUUUACAAAUUCAUACCAGGGAUUGGAACCCCAAAUUGUCAGAUCCUUUCUUAGGAGAACUGGCUGAAAAAUGUGUUGGGUACUGUGGAGCUGACAUAAAAGCACUUUGCACUGAGGCUGCCUUGAUUGCCCUGAGACGACGCUAUCCCCAGAUUUAUGUGAGCAGUCAGAAAUUACAGCUUGAUGUUUCUUCAGUAGUUCUCAGCGCGCAGGACUUUUAUCAUGCAAUGCAGAAUAUUGUGCCUGCUUCCCAACGUGCCGUGACAUCUUCAGGACAUGCACUAUCCCCUGUGAUCAGACCACUGUUGGAACGUACCUUCGCUAACCUUCUUGAGGUUUUACACAAAGUGUUUCCUCAUGCUGAGUUUAGCCACGGUGACAAAAGUGAAGAUGUACCAAGUCUAAUAUUAGAUGAUAGUGAAGAUGAGAAUGCUUCAUCAAUUUUUGAGACGAGCUGUCACUCGGGAUCACCAAAGAAACAGUCAUCAGCUGCUAUACAUAAACCCUACCUUCAUUUUACUAUGUCAGCUUAUCACCAGCCAACCUCUUACAGACCGAGAUUACUGCUAUCUGGAGAGAGAGGUUCGGGUCAGACUUCGCACCUUGCUCCAGCACUAUUGCACACUCUUGAAAAAUUCUCUGUACACAGGCUAGAUCUGCCAGCACUUUAUUCAGUCAGUGCCAAAACGCCUGAAGAAUCAUGUGCACAGAUCUUUCGUGAAGCUCGAAGAACAGUACCAAGUAUUGUUUACAUGCCUCAUAUUGGUGAUUGGUGGGAAGCUGUCAGUGAAACUGUGAGAGCUACUUUUCUAACUUUGCUGCAAGAUAUACCAUCUUUCUCCCCUAUAUUUCUACUGUCUACCUCUGAGUCCAUGUAUAGUGAAUUGCCUGAAGAGGUGAAAUGUAUAUUCAGAAUCCAGUAUGAAGAGGUUUUCUAUAUUCAAAGACCAAGUGAAGAAGACAGAUGGCGAUUUUUCAAAGGAUUAAUUCUUGAUGAGGCAGCAAUGCCCCCACCAAGAAGGAAACAGGCUGCUCUUCGUGCUCUGGAAGUUCUUCCUCUUGCACUGCCAUGUCCUGCCCGUGAGCUGUCGGAAGCAGAAAAACAGCGAAUGGAGGACCAGGAAGAGAACACACUGAGAGAGCUGCGGUUGUUUCUCAGGGAUGUUACCAAGAGGCUGGCCACAGACAAACGCUUUAACAUCUUCAGCAAACCGGUGGAUAUUGAAGAGGUUUCAGAUUACCUUGAAGUUAUCAAAGAGCCCAUGGAUUUAUCAACAGUAAUAACCAAAAUUGAUAAACACAACUACUUAACAGCCAAGGAUUUCCUAACGGACAUUGACUUGAUCUGCAGCAAUGCAUUGGAAUACAAUCCAGACAAAGAUCCUGGAGAUAAAAUAAUUAGGCAUAGAGCUUGUACUUUGAAGGAUACUGCUCACGCUAUCAUUGCUGCUGAACUGGAUCCAGAAUUUAAUAAGAUGUGUGAAGAAAUCAAGGAAGCGAGAAGGAAAAGAGGCUUACCAGUAGCAGCAGAACAAAUAAAUCCUCAUGGUUCUACUGUGCGGAAAACAGAGGCUAGAGUUGAAGAUGCUUUUCGGAACAAACAAAAACCUACCAUGGCUGUAUGGCCCAACUCUGCAAGUAAAUGUGCAUUUCGAAUAAGGAGAAAAUCAAGACGGCGCUCACAGUGGGGCAAAGGCAUUAUUAAGAAGAGGAAAGUCAAUAAUUUGAAGAAAGAUGAAGAUGAUGCAAAGUUUGCUGAUGAUGAAAAUCACGGAGAGGACAGCAAAUUGCUGGAAAAUGGAGAGCUAGAGAUCAGCGCUGACUGCAUUGAGGAGAAUGGGGAGGAAGCAGGAGAUCUCUCUAUAACAAAUGAUGAAUCCUCUUGUGAUAUUAUGGAUAUAGAUGCAGAGCAGAGGCUUAACAAUGGGACAUCAGGAAAGGAAAACAAUUUUGCAUCCACAGAAGAAGAGAGCUCAAAUGAGUCUCUAUUAAUAACCGACACCGUUACCCUGAGUGCUGAAAAGCAAUUAAGGAAGGACUCUACAUCAAAAGGGGACUGUGUGAAUGGGGAGACAUCUGUACCCAGCUUAGAGGGUAAACCUGUUCCAGAAUGUCAUAAUGGUAAAAUGGAAUCAGCUGAUGCUGUUUCACCCUGCGACAACAGCAAUGGGUCUAGUAACAAGCAAAAAUCUUCAUCUGAAUAUCAGCCAAAGGAGAAAACAGAAGCUUCCAGUGAAAGUCAAGGAGCUAAUCUAGUGAAAGCUGAAUUGCCACAUUGCAGCAAUAAUGAAAAAACACUGCAGAGCACAGACAUUGAAACUAAAGAUGCUGAAGCAGAUAAAGAAGGUGUAUUCAAAAGCAAGAAAACUCGAAAAGUCACUAUGGAACAGUCAAAACCCACAAGUUUGGAGCAGGUCCCAGAGGAACCAUCGGAUCCUUUACCCUCUGUGAUUGUUGACCAUGACAGACUAAAGAAACUGCUUGAUUUGGUGGUUAAGAAAAGCGACAACUUGACUGUUGACCAACUUGAGAGAUUGUAUUCACUCCUCAGUCAAUGCAUCUACAGACAUCGUAGAGACUAUGACAAAUCACAGCUGAUAGAGGAGAUGGAAAGAACAGUUCAUGUAUUUGAAACAUUCCUGUGAACUCGUCAGGAUGGGUGGGUUUAUCCUCU